AGAACUAAAGACCUCAGUAUGACUCUGAAAGACCUCCACCUCACUGACAGUGGAGUCUACACCUGCACCGUCUGCAACAAGGAUGGACACAUGCUGCUACAGAAAUCAGUGACUCUCAGUGUCAGAGUUCUGCAGGUGGAGAUGGUGGAGGUGACCCAGGGGGAAAAGUCUGUCCUUCUGCCCUUCAGAAUCAAAGACGACCUGCCUGUGGAUGUAACUCUGCUGUGGAGACAUGAGAAUGUGACGGUCCACACAUAUCAGAGAGGCCAAUAUCAGCCUGACAUACAAGGGCACACUGAGAUGAAGAAAGACCCACUGACAACUAAAGACCUCAGUCUGACCCUGAAAGACCUCCACCUCACUGACAGUGGAGUCUACACCUGCACCAUCUACAACAAGGAUGGACACAUGCUGCUACAGAAAGCAGUGAUUCUCAGUGUCAGAGAGUACCAGCUGGAGAUGGUGGAGGUGACACAGGGGAAGGAGUUUGUGCUGCUGCCCUUUAAAAUCAAAGAAGGCUUCACCCAGGAUGUCAAAGUGGAGUGGAAACACAAAAACAAGAUGGUCCAUGAGUAUCAGAUUGGUAAAGACCAGUGUCACUUAAAGGGCCAAGAUCAGAAACAGCGCACUGAGAUGAAGAAAGACCCACUGAACACUAAAGACCUCAGUCUGACCCUGAAAGACCUCCACCUCACUGACAGUGGAGUCUACACCUGCACCGUCUACAACAAGGAUGGACACAUGCUGCUACAGAAAUCAGUGACUCUCAGUGUCAGAGAGUACCAGCUGGAGAUGGUGGAGGUGACACAGGGGAAGGAGUUUGUGCUGCUGCCCUUUAAAAUCAAAGAAGGCUUCACCCAGGAUGUCAAAGUGGAGUGGAAACACAAAAACAAGAUGGUCCAUGAGUAUCAGAUUGGUAAAGACCAGUGUCACUUAAAGGGCCAAGAUCAGAAACAGCGCACUGAGAUGAAGAAAGACCCACUGAACACUAAAGACCUCAGUCUGACCCUGAAAGACCUCCACCUCACUGACAGUGGAGUCUACACCUGCACCGUCUACAACAAGGAUGGACACAUGCUGCUACAGAAAUCAGUGACUCUCAGUGUCAGAGUUCCUGAGGUUCAGAUGGUGGAAACAGUUAAAGGGGUUCAGUCUGUCCUGCUGCCAUUUACAACUGAUAUCAAGCUUCAGGACGUCACAGCGGAGUGGAAACAUGAAGACAAGAAAGUCCACGUUUAUCAGAGAGACCAAAACCAGUCUUACAUACAAAGUCGCACAGAAGUGAAGAACGAGCAAAUAAAAAAUGGAGACCUCAGUCUGACCCUGAAAGACCUCCACCUCACUGACAGUGGAGUCUACACCUGCACCGUCUACAACAAGGAUGGACACAUGCUGCUACAGAAAUCAGUGACUCUCAGUGUCAGAGAGUACCAGCUGGAGAUGGUGGAGGUGACACAGGGGAAGGAGUUUGUGCUGCUGCCCUUUAAAAUCAAAGAAGGCUUCACCCAGGAUGUCAAAGUGGAGUGGAAACACAAAAACAAGAUGGUCCAUGAGUAUCAGAUUGGUAAAGACCAGUGUCACUUAAAGGGCCAAGAUCAGAAACAGCGCACUGAGAUGAAGAAAGACCCACUGAACACUAAAGACCUCAGUCUGACCCUGAAAGACCUCCACCUCACUGACAGUGGAGUCUUCACCUGCACCGUCUACAACAAGGAUGGAUACAUGCUGCUACGGAAAUCAGUGACUCUCAGUGUCAGAGUUCCUGAGGUUCAGAUGGUGGAAACAGUUAAAGGGGUUCAGUCUGUCCUGCUGCCAUUUACAACUGAUAUCAAGCUUCAGGACGUCACAGCGGAGUGGAAACAUGAAGACAAGAAAGUCCACGUUUAUCAGGGAGACCAAAACCAGUCUUACAUACAAAGUCGCACAGAAGUGAAGAACGAGCAAAUAAAAAAUGGAGACCUCAGUCUGACCCUGAAAGACCUCCACCUCACUGACAGUGGAGUCUACACCUGCACCGUCUACAACAAGGAUGGACACAUGCUGCUACAGAAAUCAGUGACUCUCAGUGUCAAAGAGUACCAGCUGGAGAUGGUGGAGGUGACACAGGGGAAGGAGUUUGUCCUGCUGCCCUUUAAAAUCAAAGAAGGCUUCACCCAGGAUGUCAAAGUGGAGUGGAAACACAAAAACAAGAUGGUCCAUGAGUAUCAGAUUGGUAAAGACCAGUGUCACUUAAAGGGCCAAGAUCAGAAACAGCGCACUGAGAUGAAGAAAGACCCACUGAACACUAAAGACCUCAGUCUGACCCUGAAAGACCUCCACCUCACUGACAGUGGAGUCUACACCUGCACCGUCUACAACAAGGAUGGACACAUGCUGCUACGGAAAUCAGUGACUCUCAGUGUCAGAGUUCCUGAGGUUCAGAUGGUGGAAACAGUUAAAGGGGUUCAGUCUGUCCUGCUGCCAUUUACAACUGAUAUCAAGCUUCAGGACGUCACAGUGGAGUGGAAACAUGAAGACAAGAAAGUUCCACAAGGACGAGCAGAGAUGAAGAAAGACCCACUGAGAACUGGAGACUUCAGUCUGACUCUGAAAGACCUCCACCUCACUGACAGUGGAGUCUACACCUGCACCGUCUACAACAAGGAUGGACACAUGCUGCUACAGAAAUCAGUGACUCUCAGUGUCAAAGUUCUGCAGGUGGAGAUGGUGGAGGUGACCCAGGGGGAAAAGUCUGUCCUUCUGCCCUUCAGAAUCAAAGACGACCUGCCUGUGGAUGUAACUCUGAUGUGGAGACGUGAAAAUGUGACGGUCCACACGUAUCAGAGAGGCCAGAGUCAGUCUCACAUACAAGGGCGCACUGAGAUGAACAAAGACCCACUGACAACUAAAGACCUCAGUCUGACCCUGAAAGACCUCCACCUCACUGACAGUGGAGUCUACACCUGCACCGUCUACAACAAGGAUGGACACAUGCUGCUACAGAAAUCAGUGACUCUCAGUGUCAGAGGAGACAAUAAAACUACCACAACUCAGGCUGCCAAAAAUCAACAUACAAAGAAAUCCACAGGAGAAAAAACAAGCUUCCACAUCUGAAGCUGCCAAAGUUCAACAUACAAAGAAAUCCACAGUUCCACAGAAAGGAAAAAAUAAAAACCCAAAUUCCUCUGGUGGUAAAACAUGAUGAAGAGGAGCUGGUGGAUGAAGAGCAGAUGACGAGCAGAUGAAGAGCAGACCCUCUGCUUUUUGUGGUUCAUACAGUUUAAAGAAGCUUUGAUCUUCCUCUGUCAACAGCUGUUACAUAAUUUAUUAGGGAUCAGAAUCAGAAAAGGGUUUUAUUGCCAAACGUUGAGCAGAUUUACAACAUUAGAAAAUUUCUGUGGUACUUAGUGCGAAACAUACUGGAAGACAACACUUUAAUCAAAAAUUAGUGUCCAAGGUGUCUCUAUUGUUGGGGCUGGUGGAGGUAUGAAGGCUGCUUGAUGGCUCAUAAAAACGGCAGUAAAAGUCGUUGACGGUGUUGGCCAAGAAGAAGUUGUCAGUGGAGAGGGGGUUUCAGACUUGUAGUCAGUCUUUAGUUUUUUGACAUUUAAGUUUUUUAUUGAUUUUGCAACAUAUACUUAAACCUGUAUAAGAGGGAGAAAA